AAAUGGUAAACUCUCAACAGGACUACAUCAGUGUUACCGCACUCUUUGUGGUAAAUCUACUCAAUUAUGUGGAUAGAUAUACGGUGGCUGGUGUUCUUACUCAAGUUCAAACAUACUAUAACAUUUCCGACAGUUUGGGUGGUCUGAUUCAAACUGUAUUUCUGAUCUCUUUUAUGGUAUUUUCACCGGUAUGCGGGUAUCUUGGAGAUCGAUUCAAUCGAAAAUGGAUCAUGAUUAUUGGCGUUGGGAUAUGGCUCGGUGCCGUGCUUGGAUCCAGUUUUGUGCCGGCUAAUCACUUCUGGCUCUUCCUGGUGCUCCGAAGCUUCGUCGGAAUCGGAGAAGCAUCCUACUCAAAUGUGGCUCCAUCCUUGAUUUCCGAUAUGUUCAACGGACAGAAAAGAAGCACUGUAUUCAUGAUUUUCUACUUUGCAAUUCCGGUUGGCAGUGGCCUUGGAUUUAUUGUUGGAUCCAAUGUGGCAACUUUAACCGGACACUGGCAAUGGGGAAUUCGAGUUUCUGCGAUUGCCGGACUCAUUGUCAUGAUUGCCCUUGUACUUUUCACCUAUGAGCCUGAGCGAGGAGCCGCUGAUAAGGCGAUGGGAGAGUCGAAGGAUGUUGUUGUGACUACGAAUACUACAUAUUUGGAAGAUCUUGUCAUUCUUCUCAAGACCCCAACACUUGUUGCAUGCACUUGGGGAUACACUGCCCUGGUAUUCGUGUCUGGAACUCUUUCGUGGUGGGAGCCUACAGUAAUUCAACAUUUGACUGCUUGGCAUCAAGGACUUAAUGACACAAAGGAUCUGGCAAGUACUGAUAAGGAUCGAGUAGCUCUUUAUUUCGGAGCAAUCACCACAGCUGGAGGACUCAUCGGUGUCAUUUUCGGAUCGAUGCUCUCCAAAUGGCUGGUAGCUGGAUGGGGACCAUUCAGAAGACUCCAGACAGACAGAGCACAGCCUUUGGUGGCUGGUGGCGGGGCGUUGCUUGCUGCUCCAUUUUUACUUAUUGGAAUGAUCUUUGGAGAUAAGAGCUUGGUGUUGCUGUACAUUAUGAUCUUCUUUGGAAUCACCUUCAUGUGCUUCAACUGGGGUCUGAACAUCGAUAUGUUGACGACUGUCAUCCACCCGAAUCGGCGAAGUACUGCUUUCUCCUACUUCGUACUGGUAUCCCAUUUGUUUGGCGACGCUUCUGGUCCGUAUCUCAUCGGGUUAAUCUCCGACGCAAUCCGCCACGGAUCCACAUAUCCUAAAGAUCAAUAUCAUUCAUUGGUAAGUGCCACGUAUUGCUGCGUGGCACUGCUUUUGCUCUCUGCCGGACUGUACUUUGUGUCCUCACUCACGCUGGUCUCGGAUCGGAAGAAGUUCCGAGCGGAAAUGGGUCUCGAUGAUCUUCAAUCCAAGCCGAUUCGAACAUCAACUGACAGUUUGGAACGGAUUGGAAUUAACGACGACGUUGCGUCGUCCCGACUUUAAUUCCUCCUUGAUUUCAUUGCUUUAAUGUCCAUAAUUUGGGUUUAUGUAUUUUUAGAACAACGGGUUUUUUGUCGUUUUUGUGAAGAUUUUUGUAAACUGCUAAUUUUUAUUGUAUAAAUAAAAACUCUUUUAAAUAAA